AUGCCUAUCAAAGAGAAGAAGUCUAAAGCAGCCGUUGCCAAAGCAGCGGAAGCCAGUGGUAAGGGGAAGCGCAAGAAAUGGAAUAAGGUUAAAACUAGGGAUAAGUUAAAUCAUGCCGUGAUAUUCGAGAAAGCUACUUAUGAUAAGCUUCUGAGUGAAAUACCAAAAUCAAAGCUCAUUACACCCUCGGUGAUUUGCGAAAGACUUAAGGUUAAUGCCAGUUUGGCUAGAUUAGCAAUCAAGGAAUUGUAUUCAAAGAAACUUAUUAAGCCAGUUUGUAGGAAUCAUCAUGCCCAACUGAUCUAUACCAAAAUUUAA